UUUUUUGGGGGGUUUAUUUAAGGGUACACGUGGUUGGAAAUGAAGGUGAGAGUUCCCAUUGGUCCGAAAUCUAUCCCAGAUUUCGUCUCCAGAUUUCAUUAUCCUACUUGGCUCUCUCCAAAUACUCCAAACAGGAUUUCAUCCCCCAAACAUUGGAUUUGGGAUAUAAUAAAAUCAACACUCACUUCUCUAUUUUAUUACAAACACACCAAACUAACUCUGAAAAAACAAAUAAAACACACACAAAAAUCUUUACUUUUGCCUCUGUAAUCGAUCUCGGCCAGCAUGGCAGCGACUUCUGGUGCGGUUCUUAAUGGCUUGGGCUCUUCCUUCUUGUGCGGCGAGAAGAAAAGUAGCCGCAGCCAGGCCUUGUUUUCCGCCGGAACCAGAGCUGGACCCUCUGUUUCACCAAGGAGAACUGUCGUUGCCGCUGCAGCCGCCCCCAAGAAAUCGUGGAUUCCGGCUGUUAAGGGCGGUGGCAACUUCAUCGACCCAGAGUGGCUCGACGGCUCGCUUCCAGGUGAUUAUGGUUUCGACCCAUUGGGAUUAGGCAAGGACCCAGCUUUUCUCAAGUGGUACAGAGAAGCUGAGCUCAUCCACGGAAGGUGGGCAAUGGCUGCUGUGCUCGGAAUCUUCGUUGGUCAAGCAUGGAGUGGCGUGCCAUGGUUCGAGGCCGGAGCUGACCCAUCAGCCAUAGCUCCAUUCUCGUUCGGCUCUCUUUUGGGAACACAGCUAAUUUUAAUGGGUUGGGUAGAGAGCAAGAGAUGGGUGGACUUUUUCAACCCUGAAUCACAAUCGGUGGAGUGGGCGACGCCAUGGUCGAGGACUGCCGAGAACUUCGCCAAUGCCACCGGAGACCAAGGAUACCCCGGAGGAAAAUUCUUCGACCCAUUGGGACUGGCCGGAACACUGCAGAACGGUGAGUACAUUCCCGAUGUGGAGAAACUGGAGAGACUGAAGCUUGCUGAGAUUAAGCACGCGAGAAUAGCGAUGUUGGCUAUGCUUAUUUUCUACUUCGAGGCUGGUCAAGGGAAGACCCCUCUUGGUGCCCUUGGCUUGUAAAUUAUUUUAUUGUGUACCAAAUGUGUUUAUAGAAUUGAUUUUGAGUUUUGAAAAUAAUUUUAAUUUAUGGCAGGGACGAGCUCGAUCGAGUACUUUGUUUUUGGAAAAAGAAA